GUCAUAAAGGAUAUUUUUUAGUGUUGGUGUUCUGAUAAUAAUGAUCUCAGUUUUGUCAAUGUUCAGUUUUUAAAAGUUUGAGUUAAGCCAUCCUUUUAUUUCAUUGACACAGCAGAUCUACAAGCUGUAUAGAUUUGGAUAUCAUCAGCAUAACACUGGUAACCGAAACUGUGGUGGCGGAUAAGUUGACCCAAAGUGUGUAUGUAUAUAUGUGUAUAUAUAAAUAUUGAAUAGUAGAAGUCUAAAAACCGAUCCCUGAGGGACACCUAAUUUCAGAGAUACAGUAGGCGACUAAUAAUCCUGCAUAGAAAUGAUAAACUAUCAGUCACAUAUGAAGUAAGCCAGGAAAGAGCAGCACCCGUGACACCAAAAUCCGAGAGGCGAGAGAGUAGUUAGUCAUGACAGACCUGAACCAAGCUCAAGUAAUAGAAGAAUAGAAAGAGAACCGGAGUCGCUAGAGAGUAAUCGGUCAUUGACAACCCUUACGAGGGCAGUUUCAGUACUAUGAAGAAGAUGAAAGCCAGAUUGAAAGAUGGUCAAAGAGAUUAUUUUGAGCAAGGAAAGAUUGGAGCUGAGAGGCAACAGUACUUUCCAGUAUUUUGCAAAUUAAAGGUAAAUUAGAGGAGGAAAUUAGAAAGAACAGCAGGGUCCAAGGCGGGUUCUUUAAGAACUGGAGUCACUGCCGCAGUUUUAAGGGUGUAGAUGGAGAGAUGCAGAAGCUAAAGAUCUGUUUAUGAAGUGAGAAACAGGUGCAGAAAGGAUAGAAUGACAGGGUUUGAGGGGAAAUGUAGGAGCAGCAUCAAGGGGGAAAGAGCCGCGGGGAAGAAAAUGCCACACCUCUUUUACCUCGUAUUAAUGCCAGAUUUUUUGUGUACUGUGUCUUGUUUUAUCGGAAGUAUUAACAAUGCUGCUUAAUAUACAGCUAAUUUAUAAUGAAUCAAAUGGAGUCUCCUCUCCGUGCACGGAUCUGUAUACGUCAGUGCGGUUCUGCCUCAGGUUGGCAUGACUCCCACUAGCUAGCUUGCUCAGAACGAACAGGUUUGUGGCGACGACUAGCCAACACCCGAAAGCAUUUGAAACACAGUGUGAGCAGGGGGUGACCAGACCAGUGAGAGGUAUGAUCACCAGUAAGAUGAAACAGGUGUUCCUGGGGUUCCUGGUGGAUCCAAAGAGGGAUAUGUCAGCCAAACAUCAAACACAGCAAAAGGAGGCAGCACAGAAUCAGACAGAGGACAUGCACUCAUGCAUUGACUCAAGGUCAGUCAGAUGUGCUCCAGUUCUCAUUAUGGACACCAAAGAUCCUGAAGCGGGGAUGCUGCACGGCCACUCCGCCGUCGGCCUGGAGACGCGCGGACAGAGGAAGCUGCUGGCGCUGCUCUUCGCUCACGGCAUCCUGACGUGCGCCUGCGCCGCGCUCUGCACGUACACGCUCUACAAGGUCCAGCGCACAGAGGAAGCUCUGCAUAAAACACCACUUCCUGAGGACAAAGGGAUAUACCUGAACAUGCAGAAAGAUCUGAAAUUCAGCACUUACUUGAACUUCACUGUUGUCUGGAACAAUAGUCUGACGCUUGAGCAUGGCAGUGAGGUGAUGGUUCCCCUUGCAGGCCCCUACGUUUUCUACAUCUGUGCUCUUGUGAAAGGGCAUGGCACCAAAGGCAACUUGACCCUGUCACAGGGGCACACAAAUAUCUCCUUUGAACUGUCAGCCCAGUCAGGCACGCGGUGUGUGAGACAGCAGAGAGUGAUCAGCCUCUACGAAAAGGAGAAGAUCACCUUCAGUUUCAGAAACACGUAUGACCCAUAUCUCUUCCUGCAGGUCCUCAAGGUAGGCCUACACUACUUGCUGGGAGCCCAAGACUUUGAUACUCCAGAAUAUGACCCACAUGCCUAAAGGAAUUAUUAUAAUAUAAGGUUUUCCAUACCCUACUCAAGAUAAAACACAAGGGGAAAUGGUUUGGAUUAUUUCUUAUUAACACUGGACAUUUGUCUCAUAGUUAGUCAGGAAAUUUCCUUGGUGUUAAGGUGGUAGCAGGUUGAAAGUCUCAUUGUCUGUUGCUUUUAGUUACUCUGGACUGAUAGAUGCCUGUGAGGCCAAAGAAGACAAUAACAACACAUUAUUAUGUGGAAAUGGGAAAAGAUGCUUUCUACACAGAAAACAGUUUUUUUUUCUUUAAAAAAAUGUAUCUGUGUCAGAUUUGAAGUUUGUAUUAGCAGUAGCUCUAAUUUACUGACACAGCUUAUAUGACGCAGUGACACAUCUGCAUCAUAUUGUUACAGUAUGUAAAUUAAUCUAUUGGUAUGGGUUUCUUUUAUCAGAAAAUAUUCCUAGAUUGAAUUUGCAAUUAAUACAAGACGUCCUGUUAGGAACUAUUUAUAAUCUGGGAAUGCUUGAAAAUUGCAAGAAAAUAAUGCAACAAAGCCAUGCCAUAAUGUAUUCUAUAAUAGAAAAUAUGUGAGUUGAUAACAUGUUGUAUGAAAGUUUAUACAUAUAUAAAUUGGUGAAUGUAUUUUGGAUUUUAUAUUUAAUACUGUUGGCUUGCCUACUGAUUUUUAGGCUGUUUUAAGCUAUGCAAUAAUAAUCACUAUAAUAAUCAAUGUGAUGAUAAUGUUAAAAUGGCAGUGUUCUCAAUGUUUAUUUUAUGAUUUAUGGGUUUAUUUACAAAAAAUAAUAUAACUGGUAAUAAAACCCACAAAGUGCCUGAAAACUUGGAAGGAAAUAUUUAAAAUAACUGAGCACUUGUAAAACAUCACUAAUUGCAUGUCCCAUUUGAUCAAAAAUUUUUAUACCAUUUGUUGUAUCUGGCAGUACUUUAUUUACAUAGCAAAGUUUGCACCUCAUGUUAUGUGAGCCUAAUCUAUUGUGUGUUAGAGGGUGUGGGGAUGUUUUGUAUUGUAUUAAAUAAAUUAAAUGGUUUAAGAUC